AUGCCUAAAGAUUUUCAAAACAAAAAUUCUAGUUCUUUCAUUCGAAACGAAAGUUUCAAUUCGAUAGAUCUUAAUAAAAUUGACGUGCCAUAUCCACUGGAUGAAAAUCUUGUCAGCAUGUUAAAAAACAAUUUGAAUGAAUCUUCAAAGAAGCCGCCAAAUAGUUUUAUAUUGUACCGAAAAGCAUUUAAAGAGAUUUCAAUAUAUCAUGGAUUUCGUCUUAGCGCAAGCGAAAUAUCUCGACAGGCAUCGAAAAACUGGAAGGUCCUUGCUGAUCCGAUUAAGCAAGAAUAUAAAAAAAUUGCCAAAGAGCUCCGCGAAAACACCAAAAAACAUGCUUUUAUUCCUUCUUUUGAGGAUUCGAAUAAAUGGCGUAUUAUCAAGCCUUCUGAUUUGCAACGAAAAAUAAAUAAAAAGAAAAAGCCAUCCUUGGACAAUACAUCAGAACAUAAUGCAACAAGUUUAUUGCAAGAGUCACCUAUGAUGCCAAUUAAUGAUCAAGAAAACUCUAUAUUUCCAUAUUAG